AGUUAUCUUUACGAUUUACUACAUUUUUAACUUACUUAUAGGUUGGGCAUUAUUGAACAUAUCCUGAAGAGGAAUAGAUACUAGCGGGGGCCCAUAGGACCCAGAGCAAUAAAGUGAAAUAAAAAUUUUUAGUAGAAAAGGGGGGAAAGAGAUGACUCAAACAUUGACAUCGACCACGGAAAUGGUGUCCCAAGGAAUAGAAUUGCGAAGAGGAGACGGUACAGACAGUGGUUUCGUAAGCAGUGACACUAGUGACAGUAUGCCAGCACUGUUAACAAACGAAAGCAGUGCAUCAGAACCAGAAGAAGAUAGGAGGACUCAGGAAAUUGAGAGAAACACAAGACGAAUGGGACUACAUAACCGUAGACAGAUGUUAUACAAUCGCAGUCAUCACGCCCGAUUGAAUGCUAGGGUGAUGUCACCAGAAAGCAAAAAGAGGAAGUCUGAAAGAAAGGUUUCACUGGAAACGACACCCAGAACUAAUAGAAUUAGGAGACAGGAAGUGUUGGGCCAAGAUCAACAAAGACCAACACCAACAUCGACAUGGACACUUAGGGCAAUUCCAUCGUAUCAAUUUGGUUAUACACCGGAUUGGACGGCGAUACAUCCGCAGGACGUACACAGCGACAAAAGAAGAGUGCAGAAAAUGUUUAGGUAGGUGUCUUCAGUUGAAAACAGCACCCAGUUGGGAAGCAAUAGGAACAUCGACAAGUUACGUAAAGAGGAUGCACGCACUAGUGUGACAGUGAAGGUUGUUUUUAGUGUUGCCUACGUAGACCUGUAUAUAGAAAGUGCAGUCUAAACAUGUUAAGUGGAAACGAGGAGUUAGAAGUAAGGUCAUUAGGUAAGGCAUGAGAGGUUAAGGGACACAAGAAGAACAAAUAGGGCACUGCAUACACACAACCACACAGCACAUGAUACAGGAAGUCAACAUAGCAAAAGGAUUUUGAGCACACGCUACGGCAACAGAACUAGAUAGAUAGAAGAGAACAGGGUCAAGUACACCAGAGAUAAAGUCUUAUGACACACACUACACACUAUACAGAAUAUUAGAUGCUAGCGCAUCGACGGUUGCACAUGCGCAUGAAAG